UUCCCUGUGAAAUGGCGUCUUGUCGCUCUCUGACAGCUGUACGGUGAAUGGCAGCAAUAUAGGCCAUGGUGAUCUGAACACACACAGAGAUCCCCAGUGUUGGCUUUGGCUUUCCGGCCCUUCGGGAGCUACCUAGGGAGGAAAGCUGAUGAAACAGACUUUCUGGAGACCAGCAAGGCUGAGAAGAACAUAACCAGACUUUGCCCAGUGGCAUCAUAGCAAGGUUCACCCACAAUGGCCAUGGCCAAUAGAGGGGAAGUAAAUGAAGGGCACAUCCAAGCCUUUGGCCAUCACCUGGAGAAUUUCAGUGAAGGGCAUCUGAUGAGGUUCAGAGAGCACUUCCGCCCAGACUUGAUCUACGUAAUUGAAAAUGACAUUGCCCUGGUACUUCAGGAGCUGACAUGUAGGAAGGUCAUCACACCUGAGCAAGCCCAGGCCUAUGCAGGACUAGAGAACCAUCAGGACUCAACCAAAGCAGCAGAGAUGCUGGUUGCUGACCUUACAGAGAACAAAACAUUGGCAAUUGGGCUUUGGAAGACUCUCUUUGCUCUGAGAAGCCGAUGGUCUCAUCCCAACCUUGAUGGGAUAGUGGAGGAAAUCAAAUGCAAUGGUCCUGCGCUGCUAGAGGAGAUUCUCCUCAAUGAAACUGGACAUCCCCUUGCUCCAGAAAUGAAAGCUUGUCAGGAUGAGCAUAAAGCUAUUCUGUGUGAACAAACCAGAUGGCUCAAAGAGAGUGGUAGAACAGCGACACCUGAGGGGCAGAGUUUCCCCAUCAUGAAUCGCUACAUCGAUAUAAAGAUAGUCUCAGAUGUCCACUUCAAGAGACAGAGCACUCAGGAACAUGAGGCCCUGGUAGCUGCCGGGGAGCUGAACGAAUACCGUCUCCGCCACAAGAUGCAGGUCGAACUGGAGCAGGUCACUCUGGACCGGCUGUUCCAUUGGUGCUUUCGAUCAGGCCACAUGCCCCUGUUUGUCAUGGUGAGUGGGGUGGCCGGGGUGGGCAAGACGACCCUGGUGCAGAAAUUUGUCUUCAACUGGGCAACUGGAAAACACUACCAGAAGUUCACCUUUAUUUUCUUCUUCAAAUUCCGAGAACUCAACACUGUGGGAGAGAUGGCCAGUCUAGAAAGUUUAAUCCAACGGGGGUACCCCAAAUUACACGAUAAACUUGGGGCAAUUCUACGAGAGCCAGAGAAAUUGCUCUUCAUCUUUGACGGCUUGGACGAGAGCAAACGUGACCUUGAUUUGAGCUUAGGCUUCUGUGCAGAGCCACGAGAUGUGAAACCGGUUGAGGUGAUUGUAGCCAGCCUGCUGAACCAAACACUUCUGAAGGGAUGUUCCGUUCUCCUGACCAGCCGCCCAAGCAAACUCAGCCGUUUGAAAACUGGAGUCCUCCACAGAGUGGCCAGUAUCGUGGGCUUCCUCUCCCAGGAAAGAGAAAGGUACUUCGGCAACUUCUUUGGAGAUGUCGUGGUUGCCCAGAGAGCAUUAGCGCAUGUGAGGGAGAGCCAGGUUCUGUACACUCUUUGUUACAAUCCCUCCUACUGCUGGAUUACUUGCACAGCCUUGCAACCUUGCUUCUCCUCCACCACUGGGCAGUCGCACCCCCUUCCCAAGACUGUGACUCAGCUCUUUGUAAGCUACGUCAAGCAUAUGAUGGCCAACCACACCAGGGGGCUCCCUAAGAGGGAAGAAGUGCGGGAAAUGUUGAUAAAACUUGGUUGGUUGGCCGACUAUGGUCUCCAGUAUCACAUUCUUAUCUUUGAUCAGCAAUUAUUGGAGGCAUUUGGGGUAGAUUCAUCUCUGCCCUUCAGUGUUUUCCUGGUGGAAAACAUACAAAGUGACAUCUCGUCUUCCAAGGUCACCUAUUCUUUCGUCCACCUCACCGUUCAAGAGUUUUUUGCUGCCCUUGUCCAUUACCUAGACUUCAAAGAGGAUAAUUUUGGAUGCAUUAAGACAGCAGCCCAAAACAGCCAAGGUGGGGAGUAUGACAUUUUUCUUCGCUUCCUGUCUGGCUUGUCCCAUCCCGCAACAAGGGCACCCCUGGAGGAAAUUUUGGGGAAGUUCUCUUCAAUGACCACUAAGCGAGUCCUUGAUUGGAUCAUGAAGAUGGACUGCAUCGCUUUCUUGAGCAUGGAGAAUCAUGAUGGUAAAAGAAAGACUUUGAACUUCUUCAGUUUGCUCUUUGAGACACACAACAAACUACUUGUACGUCAGGCACUGGGAGAUGAUGAUGCCUCCAUGGACUUCUCAGAGCUGUAUCUGAUGCCUGUUGAUUGUACCAUCCUUGCUUAUGUUCUGAGUUGCUGCAGAAAGAUUGACCUCUUAAAUCUUGAUUCGUGCUUCAUCCAGAAUGAGGGGUUGCAGAGGCUCAGCCCUCAGCUGAACAAAAUCAGAGAACUGAGACUCUGCAAUAAUGAUCUGAACAAUCCAUCAACCAAAGAGCUCGUUUCUGUCUUAAAGCAUCCAGGCUGUCAACUGGAAAGCCUAAGCUUGGCAAAGAAUGCCCUUACCGAACAGUGCUGUAGAGACCUGAGUUCUGCCCUUUCAGAGAGUCGGACCCUCUUAAGUCUUGACCUGACCAAGAACAAACUGCGGGAUGAGGGCCUCUCUGACCUACUGAUGGCGUUCAGCAAUCCACAGUGCACGAUACAGAAACUAGUAAUCCAAGAAAUUGGCUUGUCAGAUGAAUCCUGUGGAAAACUUUCUGCUGCUUUGGCUGACAACACUAACCUCAAACAUCUAGACCUGAGUGGCAACCUUUUCACAGAUCAGUGCGCUGAAGACAUCCAUGCUCUCAUCCUGACCUGUCCUGCUCUUACAGAAAUCAGGCUGAACUUAAGCAACAUCACUCCAAUGAUGGAAAAACAGCUAAAGAAUCUGGAAGGUGAAAGAGAAGGCCUGAAGAUUUACAUUUAAAACUGUCAAUAAGCCAUAUCCUCCCCUCCGAUGAAAGUGUCAGUGACUGACUGAGGGAGCAGCCAGAGGUGGUUUCCCUUUGAAGGCCAAGAACUAAGCAAAAUGGGACCAUUUGGAAAAGCCAGCGACCCAGAAGAGUUUCUUUGGCCUUGCCCUGGCUAACUGGAUCCACUGAGAUUUUAGAUCAGUUUUGCCACAACCUGUCCAGUGCCCCCUCAGCUGCCUGCCUUGCCCCCUAGCUGCGCCAUAGCCCCUGCUUGGAUAAUACCAGCAUCGGCAACUCAUUGCAUGGGUGAACAAAGGUGUCUGGGAGACAUAGAAGUUUAUGGGGCGGGGGCAGGAGAGAAGCAAGGAAGAUCUCCCGUCUCUCAGGUGAAAGGGCCAGAGGUGUUGAAGGACAUUAGAAAAUGAAAUAAAUGGUUAAUAUUUAUUAAUAAUAAAUAAAUAAAUCUACUGGGAAUAGAAAGGAAGGGGAUAAAACAGGAAAGCUGUUAUAGCCAGAAAAAGGGAAUGUAAAAGGACGAAGGAGGAGGGAUGAAAGUAACAGGCAAUUGGGAGGGGCAGAAUUAAGGCACACGUUGAGUUUGAAAGGAGAAGAAAUUGCAGUAGAUCGGUAGAAAUAUUUUGAGAGGCAUCCGAGGGUAUGAAGGUAAAAAAUAUAAAAGGAAAAGCUUUCUGUGCUUAGAGCCUCUGAAUCAGCAAUUUCUGCCUAAAUUGGUGGGACUGAUUUUACCUGGACAAUGCCUCCAGAGCAGCUUUAGGUUUGCGUGAUUAAAGUGGAUUAAAGCACAUUUAUCUCCCUAGCAGAACAAAUUCUCUUUUUAAAAAAUGGAGUAAAUUUCUUUACUUAGCUUGAAGGAAGCUGAACUGUGGAACUCCUUGCCACCAGGAAAAUGAUGUGGCAAAGAAUUCAGCCAUUCCCAAAGAUGGAUUGGAAAGUGGUAUCAGUAAUUGUUAGCUAAUUAUGCCAAACUCCUCCCCCAGUUGCCAUCAUUUUGUGACUGGUGGUACGCCUCAGUAUUUUCAGCCAUUUCAAGUGGACUCUGGCGGUAGAAAUUUUAAUAACUCCUGAUGUAGUGGAAAACGUGCAACAGGGUUCCAUUUUUAAGGCUUAUAUGGUGAGCCCAUUGGGGACAGAACUGUUAACAUGUCUGCUGUAAGCAUCUUUGAGACCACUGGGGAACAAUGGGACAUUAAUUGAAUAAAUAAACAGAAAUCAGUGGAUUGUAUUUCUGUGCAUUGUUUUAAUUCCAGCCAUCCUUCCAUAAGUAAAUCCAAGGCUUUUUGGGGGGAGAAAAAGAGGUGCCAGUACUUCAUAGCUGUUUUUAAAGGUGUUCUGUUUCUAAAAUAUUUUUAAGAUGUUUUGUUUUUAAUAUACCUUACAGAUGUUUUUCCAGAGCUUGGAAGUAACUAGUUACAAGUAACAAAUUACUUGUAAUUUAUUACUUUUUUGAGUAACGAGUGGGUAACUUCAUUACAUUUUGCUGGUAAUAGAAUGAGUAGUAACUUCAUUACUUUUGAGGAGUAAUUGUAAUGUUUCCAGCAGUACUUUUGCGCAUUACUUGGGGGAGAGGGUUGCAGGGGAAGUCUUCUGCUUCUCUGAUUUGUGAAUUAAAAUCAUGUGCUUCAAAUUGGGUUUCUGUGCAGCGUCGUUCUUCCUUCAUGCUCUAUGGGUGCUUAGGAGGCGACAAGGGAGGAGGUGGAGAGCGAGACGGCGUGGAGAAAACAAUUGUUUAAAAAUUGACAGGAGUGGAAGGAGAAAAGAGCUGGAGGCAAUAUAAAUAUAGAAAAAUAUGUGUGUUGGGGUAUCAUUGCUGGGGGUGGAGUGAGGGGAUGUGAGAUUCUGUUAUGCCAUUCUGUUAAUCUUAUGGAUAAAAAUAU